GUCAUGCCUUCACUAUUCGAUAGCAUCUAUAAUGUUAGUUCAGUUAGAUAAGUGAUUGCACUAUCUGUAGGGAAAAUGGAUGUAGUUCCGUGUUUAAAAGUGCCGCAGCGUCACGCACAAAUGUACAGAAAAUACUUAGAGUCACAAGGUGUUCUGGACCGUAGGUACGGUGCAGAGAAACACUCCGAUGGCACUGUAACUCUUCCGGUUGUAGCAUCUGCUUUGCCACAGCUUGAUCUGGUGGCACUAAAGGAACAUGUCGCACAGGACAGCUUUUGUGAAAUUGUUGAUAUCCAGGCUCAAUUGUCAAAGAAGAGCAAAGUUAAGUCAGUCCAUAUGAAGCUUGUAGAGGCUGCACGGUCCUUUCUGCUUUCUAAAGGGAAAGAAUGGAGUGAAGAUCUAGGGAGAGACAUUCCUGGCCGAUGGCAGUGUCAUGGAGAUCUUGUGCUGUUUACUGAAGGCUGCUUCUCCAAUGCAGUAUGGAAAGAAAUUGGGUCUGAAUUCUGGACUGCAGUUGCGCUGACGCUCGGAGUUAAACGUAUUGCACAAAUUAAAAAGAUUUCCCAGGAUGGUUAUCGAACACCUAUAGUGACGAUGCUUUUAGGUGACAGCAGCCAUGUAACACACAUUGAUAACCACAUUAGGUAUGAGUUUGACGUCACCAAGUGCAUGUUCUCCUCUGGAAAUAUCACAGAGAAGCUCAGAAUAGCCUCGUUUGACUGCAGUGGAGAGACGGUGGUUGACUUGUAUGCAGGGAUUGGAUAUUUCACUCUUCCAUAUCUGGUACAUGCCAAUGCUGCUCAUGUACAUGCCUGUGAAUGGAAUCCAGAUGCAGUAGCGGCUCUUCAAAAAAGCCUGGAGAUCAACGGUGUGUCAAACCGCUGCACUGUCCAUCAAGGAGACAACAGACAGCUUUCUUUAAGUGAUCUUGCUGACCGAGUGAAUUUAGGCCUCAUCCCAAGUUCAGAAGAGGGUUGGCCAGUGGCGUGUCGACUGCUGAAGAGAAGCACUGGCGGAAUAAUGCAUAUUCAUCAAAACGUCACUGCACCUUUUCACCAUGAACCAUCUGAACUCAAUUUAUCUGUUGAAGGCUCUUCUGUGGAGGUAUCUCCUCUGAGGAUCCAGAAAGAUAUGCAAGUGUGGACUGCCUGGGCUUCAGAGACUGCCAAACGCAUCUGUACACUGUUGUUAGACAUCACCGGAAGUGAAUGGAAGACAAAUAUUAGACACAUAGAACAUGUUAAGACUUACGCACCACAUAUCAGUCAUGUAGUUUUGGACUUGGAGUGUAAACCGCUCUGAUUAAUGCACUCAUUCAUAUAGAAAGUUGUUUUAAUUACACUGUGAGACUUUUUUAAAUGUGUGUACAUGUUUGAGAUGCAAAAUAAAUGUAAUUUUUUAAAAUGGUUUUAAUAAAAAAAAAAAAAAGAAUUAUG